UUAUUGUACCAAAUAAAGACGGAAGACAAAUGAAAAAUGACAUGACAGUUGGCGGAAAGUUUGUUUUCUUUUUUCUGUUGCUUUCAUUUGUUUAUAUUAUAUUUGAUUUUUUACCGAUUACUCUGCCGAUUAUUAACAAUUUAAUUAAAAAGUAGUUAUUAAUUUCCGUUGAUAAUAAAUUAAAAUGGAUCAGGCUCUUACAAGUACUAAUAGGAGCGAGGAGAUCGAUGAUGGAGGUCCACAACCUUUAACUAGACUUGAGGCUAACGGAAUAAACGCCGGGGAUAUAAAAAAGUUACAAGACGCAGGCUACCACACUGUAGAAUCAGUGGCCUAUACUCCAAAAAAAUAUCUGCUGUCGAUUAAAGGCAUUUCAGAACAAAAGGCUGACAAAAUACUUGCAGAAGCCUCAAAGUUAGUGCCUAUGGGUUUCAUGACAGCUACGGAAUUUCUCCAAAAAAGAUCCGAUAUGAUCAUGAUCACAACAGGAUCAAAGGAGUUAGACCGGCUAUUAGGUGGAGGUAUUGAGACUGGUUCAAUCACAGAAAUGUUUGGAGAAUUUCGUACAGGAAAGACACAAAUGUGUCACACUUUAGCUGUUACGUGUCAGUUACCCAUUGAAAAUGGAGGAGCCGAAGGCAAAUGUCUCUACAUUGACACAGAAGGAUGCUUUAGACCAGAAAGGUUCCUAUCAAUAGCUGAGAGAUAUCAAAUGGAUAAACAAAGUGUUUUAGACAAUAUCUCCCAUGCCCGAGCUUAUAACACAGACCAUCAGACUCAGUUAUUGAUUCAGGCUAGUGCUAUGAUGGCUGAAACUAGAUAUGCCCUUUUAAUAGUAGAUAGUGCAAUGGCUCUUUAUAGAACCGAUUAUUCUGGAAGAGGUGAAUUAGCAAACAGGCAAAUGCAUUUAGCUAGAUUUUUAAGAAUGUUGCUGCGUUUAGCUGAUGAGUUUGGUGUAGCUGUAGUGAUUACAAAUCAAGUAGUAGCACAAGUGGAUGGUGCUGCAAUGUUCAAUGCUGAUCCUAAAAAACCCAUUGGUGGAAAUAUUAUGGCUCAUGCCUCUACAACAAGACUUUAUCUGAGAAAAGGUCGAGGUGAGACAAGAAUGUGUAAAAUAUAUGACUCUCCAUGUUUACCAGAAGCUGAAGCUAUGUUUGCUAUAAAUCCAGAUGGUAUAGGUGAUGCCAAAGAAUAAUUUCAAAUACAGAUUCUCUAAUUUGUGUGAUAUUACAUCAUUUUGUGUUAUUUUAAAUAAGAAACUAUUUUAACUUUCUUUAAAAUAAGACAAAUUUUUGAUUGCAUUAAUUCUUAAAAUAAAUAUUUCUAUUUGCUAAUUAUGGUUUGUUGAAAUAGAAAUAUAAAUACAUAUUGGAAAAAUUAUAUUUAUAAAACAACAUUUCAUCAACGAGAUUUCCCUAUUCAAUUAAAUUUAGAAUUUUAGUGUAUAUAAACCUAUACUUUGUGUAAAAUAUCCAAUGUAGAGUAUAAAUUCCAUAGAAUAACCAAUGUGCCUUUCUCAAAUAUAAAAUUAUUGUAUAAACAUUUGUAGAUAAAGGUAAAUUUUUAAUGCAUUUUUUUCUGUAAGUGAGGAUUUUUCUAAGUUGGUUCUAACUACCUAAUAUAAAUGUAGCUUAAUUUUCAUAAAAUAUGAUUUGUGUGAGCUACUCAGUAUGCAUAUGGACUUAAAUUUAGUGAUGUAAAAAAGAUUUGUUAUAGUUUUUAAUAAAAUUUUAUAAAACCCUUUAU